AUGUAUUUUUGUCUUUCAGUGCAGUCUUUUACACUUCUUGUGAUGGUGUACGUUGCCAAAAUUCCAUGAAGAAUGACAAAUGAAAAUGGUGGACGCAGAACAUAGGAAUAGAAUUGUCUUUCUCGGAGCUGGAAGUGUAGGCAAAAGUUCGAUUCUUAAGCGGUUUCUCACUGGAGAAUAUUCUGAUCACUACGAAGAAACAGUGGAGGAUCUUUACCCAGCUGAAUAUGACGUCAGAGAUACACAUCUAUUGGUUGACUUUUUGGACACGGCGGGAAACAUCGCGUUUCCUGCCAUGCGCAGACUUUCCAUUACUAACGCUCAAGCAUUUGUUCUAGUGUACUCUAUAACAGACAUUUCAACGUUUGAGGAGGUAAAGCAACUGUGGGAACAAAUUAAGGAGGUGAGGAGCACGUAUGAGACGAUCCCGAUCGUUAUUGUCGGCAACAAGCUGGACUUGGAAAACAACCGCCAAGUGGAAAAGUUCGAUGCGUUAAACUGGGCUUACAAUGACAACCUGGGAAGUGCUUUUGUUGAAGUCUCGGCCAAAGAUGAUGAUUCCAUCAAGGAUAUUUUCAAAAUGCUUCUUGAUCAAUUAAAGACUCCUCGUUCCAAACAUCCCGACAAGUUCAUGAUUCGGCGAUCCAGUACGAAUUCUAUCGAACCCGUGGUGCAUGAAAGUACCGAAGCAGACGAUCUGAAAAUGCAACGAAGCAGAAGCCUUAUUCGACGCGGGAGCAAGCCAAAAAUGAAGCGGUCGUCCCGAGGGAACAAAAAUGACUGUUCUCUGUCGUAGCGGCCGAUAAUUAAUAACUUGCUUAUGGAUGCAGUUAAUAUAUGAUGAUUUUAUUGGUGACGAAACAUUCCAUUUAAUGUCCGAUUUUAAGAAUCUUUCGUAAUAUUUAAAGUAGCCUUUUUCUAUUUUGAAUUAUUGUGCGCGGUGCAUUUUUAAAUUAAUAUGAAGAAAACUGUGGCCAUUUCGUUUAUUUUAAGUGUAUUUUGUACAUUCUUUGUGUUUCAUUGCAUUUCGGGCGAAAAAAAUGCUAUCGUAAAGGUAACCGAGGUUUGAAAAUAUAAAUUUGUAAAAAUUUCA